CACAAACACACACAAAGCAAAAUAAACAAAAAGGGGCAGCUCUGAUCUUGUUCUUUGUCCAGCUAGAAUUCCACCAUCAUUUAAAAGUCCCCCAAUACGCGAAGGAUGGCAGAGGAACAACCGAAACAGGUUCUUUGUGGUGGCGUGCAAGCCGAGGGCGAUCUCCAAAAUCCGGAACACGACAAGCGCAUCACCACGGCACUGGCCACGACCGAUGGCCACUCGGGGAAGUCGUACAAAGUGCACAGCGUCACAAAACAAGUGGUCGCCGGAAUGAAGUAUGUUUACAUCAUUUCAUUCGAGAACGAUGAAUCUGACCAAAAGUACGAGAUAUCGGUGUGGGAGCGACCCUGGCUGAAGGAUUCGGCUGAGGCCCAGAUCAUCACGUUCAAGGAGCACACUCCCAAGCAAUAAGCGAUAAUCUACGAUAUGCGUAUCCUGUAAAUUUCAUGAAAUGCCUGUUUUUUUUAAAUAGUUUUGUGAGUUGGCAUGCUAUUAAAAUGUAAUCCAUAUGUUUGUUAAAAGUGUA